AAAUAGAUUACCUUUCCGAGAAAGGUGAUGAUAUCUAUAACUGGUCUAACAUGACACUAUCAGAAUCUACCUGUAUCAAUAAAUGCAGAACCACAAUAGGGUGCAAACACAUUAUUUAUAAUCAUACUGCAAACUUGUGUGGAAUGUCAAGUGAGAGGCCAGAGGAUUUCUCAGAUUUUCUACUACUUAAUUUAGCUGGUAUAUCCUUGACUGAUAUCUACUGUGAUACUUGCCAGAAUGGGGAUAUCAAACCAAGAACUCAGAAUGGCCUAAAGUACUUGCAUUGUGUAGAUGACAUCCUCU